AUGCUCGUGCGCGACAAUUCUGUGUUCUCGACAAAAUCAACCAACGUGGUGUCCGGUGGUGACUGGGUGCUGCUGAUUUGUCAGCAUUACGCGUCGACGCAGUCCUUCGCAAGUUCAGGGUCCUUGGGUCACCAGGUGGAGCUGCCGUCUUCGCAGACGUUCGCCAGCUUGGAGUCUCCCUCUCACCACCAUCAUAGGUCCGACCACCCAUCUCAACGUUCGCCUGAAGGCAAAGUUGACGAUGGCCAAGAAGAAGAGAAAAGCGCCGCAGCUCGAGGCGUGGUGCUGGUACUGCGAUCGAGAAUUCGAGGACGAGAAGGGAUCGAGAAUACACUGCCUGGUCGAGAUUCGUUCGAAAUCGAGAUCUAUGGUAUGGCAGGAAUCCCCGAGGAGGACUUGGCAGAAUGGAAGGCACGUCGCGCGGCGCAAAAGGCAGACGGAAGCUUGCCAACUCAGAACAAACGCCCACGAAUCGAGAAGCUGGUGCUAUCGAAGGAACAACUGCGAAUCCAAUUAGAGGCCCACAAGGCGCUCAUGAGCGGGAAGGCGCCUGCUCCUGGUAUGAUGCCAGGAAUGCUAGGUGGCUUCGGAGCAGCAGGCCCGUACUCAGUACCACCCCCAGCGCUACCACCAGGCUUCGGCGUGCCACCGCCAAACUUUGCGAGACCACCUCCGAGGCAGCCACCGCCCGGAUACGGCCCGGCGCCACAAGGACCACCACCAGGCGGCAUCACAGGUCACAACUCCGUUUCCAUCGAAGCGACGGGACCACAACCGAAAGGAGACGGACGAGAAUCUCACAAGGUGAGGGCCGCGGACCUCUUCUAA